AUGAUGAAGGCUUUGCAACUGUCGAAAGAGCUGGAAGCCUCUCUGCCAACUCUUUCACUUGUCAAUCUUCCAAUCCCGACUUCCACCACUAGCCUCGCUCUCGUCAAAAUCAAAUAUUCUUGCAUUAAUCCGUCGGAUAGAUUCAACAGUAUCGGGGGAUUUCCGAAUACAACCUUCCCCCGAAUUCCGGGUCGUGACUACUCCGGCACAGUGAUCGACUUGAAGGAUAAAUCAGGUGCUAUGCGCUCCAAAUGGAUCGGAAAAACCGUCUAUGGAACUGGUGGUGCCGAAUUUGGUUUCAAGAUGGACGGCCCACAUGCGCAAUACUGCCUCAUCCCCGAGAACAUGCUUAUCGAGAAGCCCGACACAAUUUCCCUCCUUCAGGCUGCUACAGUUGGGGUUCCGUUUACGACAGCACUGCGAUGUCUCACACGGGCAAGAACAAAGCCAGAGGAUGUUAUUCUUGUGCUAGGUGCCGGCGGAGCCGUGGGAUCUUCUGCUGUUCAGGUCGCUCAGGCAAUAGGGUGCAAGCGCGUAUUGACUGCAACUCGAAACAAAGACGAUAAUCCAGAUAUCAUGUUGGAAGGCGAUAUUGCUGCAGAGAUUCAGAGCAAGAUUCCCUCUCUCACCAACAAUAUGGGUGUCAAUGUGGUGAUUGAUACUAUCGGAAACCUCAAUAUCAUGAAUGCUGCCAUCCAGGCUUUGGCUGUCAAAGGUCGGUACGCAUGGAUUGCUGCGCCACGAGGAGAGGGAUCUACAAAGCUCGGUUUGGACAUUUUCGAGGCCUAUCGAAAGGAGAUUGAGCUUGUAGGCUGUAAUUCUGGUCUUGCUACAACUGGAGAUACUGCGGAAGAGAUGCAAAUCUUGACCCGUUUCUUUGAACAGAAUUUGAUUCAUCCGCGAUCUGAAUCUUCAAUGAAUGUGGUCGAUUUGGAUGAUGCUGUUGAGAAGGGGUACAGGGCCUCUUCGAGCGAGAAGCAGACCGUAUUGAGGAUAGACUAG